AUGGCGUGGUGUGAUCGUGGGCUCCAGACGCUCCUGGCCGUCGCGGGCGCCUUCGCUGCCUUUAGCCUCAUGAGCAUCGCCAUCGGAACCGACUACUGGCUCUACUCGCGAGCGUACAUCUGCAACGCCACCAACGCGAGCGCGGAGGACAGCCACGCGCAAAGCAAGAAAGUCAAAGGCGAUCUCACGCACUCUGGACUUUGGAGGAUUUGCUGCAUUGAAGGUAUCAAGAAAGGAAGCUGUUUUCGGAUUAAUCACUUCCCGGAUGAUAAUGACUACGACACAGACAGCUCUGAGUACAUCCUACGUAUUGUGCGAGCCUCCAGCCUCUUCCCUAUCCUCAGCACCAUUUUGCUAAUGUUGGGCGGCUUGUGUGUUGGGAUCGGACGCAUCUACAGCAGAAGAAACAACAUCCUGCUCAGUGCUGGCAUUCUCUUUGUGGCUGCAGGCUUGAGCAACAUCAUCGGUAUCAUCGUUUACAUCUCGAGCAACGCUGGAGAUCCCAGCGACAAGAAAGACGAGGACAAGAAGAAUCAGUACAACUACGGCUGGUCCUUCUAUUUCGGCGCCCUCUCCUUCAUCGUCGCAGAAUCAGUGGGGGUUCUCGCCGUCAACAUAUACAUCGAGAAAAACAAAGAGAAGCGCUGCCGAGCCAGACGUGAUUUCAUUAAAGCCAUUGCCUCCUCUUCACCCUAUUCGCGGAUCCCCAGCUACCAACGCAGACGGAGGCGCUCGCGUUCCAGCUCUAGGUCAUCGGAGCCAUCACCGGGACGGGUGAAAAGGAGGGUAGGAACUGACGGAGAGACGAGUUCGCAUGUGGGAGACAUAAACAUGUUCACCUUCGGCAGGGACCCUUUGAAAGCGGGGAGGUCCUACAGCCCUGACCGUGACUCUGGAUUCUUACAGGUCCACAAUUGCUUCCAGAAAGAUGUGAAAAAUGGCGGCAACAGGAGGACCACACCCGUUUGA